AUGGAUGACCGCGAAGAUCCCAGCGUUCUAUUCUUCGGCUCAGAGGAAGUUGACUUGUACGACGCUCUUGGCUUGACAUCUACUGCCACUGGCGACGACAUCAAGAAAGCGUACCGUAAACUUGCGCUCAAAUACCACCCUGAUAAACACGCCAGUGCGAGCGAAGACGCGAAGGCCGAGGCAGCGCACAAGUUUCAACAAGUCGGCUUCGCAUAUGCCGUGCUUAGCGACGAGAAGCGUAAAACGCACUACGACAAAACUGGACGUACGGAUGAAGGGUUUGAGGGUGUAGGUGAAGAUGGUUGGGAGGAUUACUUCGCGGAUCUCUUCGACCAAGUAUCGAAGGCACGUCUUGAUGAUGACAAGCGAGAAUAUCAAGGUUCUGUCGAAGAGGUGAACGACAUCAAGGCUGCAUAUGCAGAGUCGGGUGGCGACCUCGAGGAAAUCAUGAACCACAUACCUCACUCUACGCACGACGACGAAGCGCGGAUUACCGUUAUCAUCUCGGGUCUUGUCAAGACAGGAGAACUCCCCGCAUUGGAAACUUGGGAGAAGAGUUCGAAGGACGAGAAGGCUCGCCUGGUGCGACAGAAGCAGGCGACCAAGGAGGCUGGUGAAGCUGAAGAGCUUGCAAAGGAACUGGGAGUGUGGGAGGAGUUCUACGGGAGCGGGAAGGCUGGCCCGCGGAAAGGAAAGGGCAAGGCGAAGGCGAAGAAGGGAGAUGACGAAGAAGAGGACGUGUCUGCGUUGCAAGCUUUAAUCCUCAAGAAGCAGAAGAAUCGGGCCAGUCUUCUCGACAAUCUCGCUGCGAAGUACGCCGAGCCUGAGCCGAAAGGAAAGGGGAAGCGGAAGCGGAAAGCACCAGUUGUAGAUGACGACGACGCCGAGCAAACGCCGCCUCGAAAGAGGAAGCGAGGUGCAGCGGCCGACGCUGAUCCUAUGGAGAUUGAUGAUGCCGAGUUCGAGAAGCUGCAGCAGAAGCUAUUUGGGGAGAAGUCGAAGAAGAGCAGCAGUGGCACCGCAGGUAAACCGAAGAAACCUGGCAGUGCCAAGCGUGGGCGGGCGUGA